ACAGACAAUCAGACUGAGUUCAGACCAAACUAGCAGCUUCCUCUGAGUGAGUCCAGCUACAGGAGAGAAAAAGUGGAAAACUCCAACACUGCUGCUUCAAGCUGCUGACGCUCCACACACUGAAUCUUCACUCACAGACUCAAUGGCUUCCAGAUCAGAGGAGGAUCUCUGCUGUCCGGUCUGUCAGGAGGUCUUCAGAGAUCCUGUUCUUCUGUCAUGUAGCCACAGCUUCUGUAAAGACUGUCUGAAUAGAUGGUGGAGAGACAGAACAACACACGAGUGUCCAGUUUGUAAGAAUAUAUCAGUGUAUGAACCACCUUUAAACCGGGCUUUAAAGAACCUGUGUGAAUUGUUCUUAGAGGAGAGAGAUCAGAGAGCUUCAGAGGCUCUCUGCAGUCUGCACUCUGAGAAACUCAAACUCUUCUGUCUGGACCAUCAGCAGCCAGUGUGUCUCGUCUGCAGCACCUCAGAAAAACACACCAAGCACAGAUUCAGACCCAUCGAUGAAGCUGCACAACAACACAAGAAGGAACUUCAGGAAACUCUGGAGCCCUUAAAGAAGAAGUUAAGGGUUUGUGAAGAAGUUCAAGUGAAGUUUGAUCAAACAGCAGAACACAUUAAGGUCCAGGCCCGACACACAGAGAGGCAGAUUAAGGAGCAGUUUAAGAAGCUUCACCAGUUUCUAGCAGAGGAAGAGGAGGCCAGGCUGGCUGCACUGAGGGAGGAAGAGGAGCAGAAGAGUGGGAUGAUGAAGGAGAAGAUGGAGGCUCUGAGCAGAGAGAUAGCAGCUCUUUCAGACACAGUCAGAGCCACAGAGGAGGAGCUGAGAGCUGAAGACGUCUCAUUCCUGCACAACUACAAGGCUGCAGUGGAAAGAGUCCAGCGCUGCCCCCUGCUGGAUGAUCCACAGCUGCCCUCAGGAGCUCUGAUAGACCAGGCCAAACACCUGGGCAACCUGACCUUCAACAUCUGGAACAACAUGAAGGACAUGGUCUCCUACACUCCUCUCAUUCUGGACCCAAACACUGCUCAUCCAAAACUCAUCCUGUCUGAAGAUCUGACCAGUGUGAGAUAUGGAGGAGAGAGGCAGCAGCUUCCUGAUAAUCCAGAGAGGUUUGAUUAUUACAUUUCUGUCCUGGGCUCUAAGGGUUUUAAUUCAGGGACUCACAGCUGGGAUGUCGAGGUUGGAGACAGUACAAGCUGGAUGCUUGGUGUAGUAGAAGAGUCUAUCCAGAGGAAAGGAAACACAGAGUUUGGAUUUUGGGGUGUAAUGUUCAGUUUAGGUAAAUAUUCAACACGCUCACCAUCAGCAGGAUUCACUGAUCUCUCAGUAGAGAAGAAGCUCCAGAGGAUCAGAGUGAAUCUGGACUGGAACAGAGGAAAGCUGUCGUUCUCUGAUCCUGAUACUAACACACACAUACACACCUUCAUACACACUUUCUUUCACAGGAUGUUUCCAUUUAUUCAAACUGGGGAUGAUGUCAAGGUGUUGCCAGUGAUGGUGUCAGUGUCAGUGGUAGUAGAGCAGGUCAGUUCAGGAUGGUUUUUUUUCUAAUGUUGUUUCCUGUCAAGUCAAGAAGUCAAGAAAGUCAAGAAAACCUUUAUUUGUCACAUGUAAGUUGCCCUGCAGCGACCUUACAUACACAACACAGACAUGACAUGUGGACAGGGUAAGCACAUUGUGUGGGCCAGAUCCGGGCCAUACCAAUUUUGCUAUGUGGGAUAGCGGGCAGCCUCGUGGGGAUUUGAACAGCCAUUUCCGCUUUCUUUAUUCUUCGAUAAGCCAGGGCCAAGCCAGCGCCGAUCUGCAAGAACCCUGUUAUCAUGGUUCCGAAAAGAUGUCUUCAGUGUCUUGUCACAGGCUCUGCCGAACCCAGGCUUCUCGUCGAGAAUAGGGUGUCAAUUGCAUUCAGGGACCAGUUGAUGAAAUCCAUAAUUCCUUUUUUAGGUUUUAGAGAACAGAUUGUGAUACUCUUCCAGGGUAAAGGGAGAGAAGUAGACAAGACUAGACAGAGACAUGAGAAAGCCAAGCAGGAAAGAUAAGGGAAGGGAGAGGGAGAAAGUGUGACCGCCUUCGUCAAGAGCCAAACAAGAAGAGAGUUGCAUGCAGCAUGUCAGUGCUGCAUGAACUGACAGCAUGUCAGUGCUCCAUGCAACCAAAACCCCAAAUAUUUGAAAGAUAUUCUUGUUUAGCUUUUUGUCCUUUUUUUUAAACAUUGUUUUUAACAUAAAGCGUCUGUGACUAUAGGUUAUUCAGUUCAAAAUUUUAAGUUUAUUUGUAAUGCAUGACAGCAGAAAGCUAUAGCCCAAAUGGUGGUAUAAAAUCUGUUUUGCAUUGUUUAUUAUUUUAUAUGGGUAUAAGCUGUAUUAAUUAUUUUUCUGUUCUUUUUGAGUUCCCUGGCUUCCGCUCCAGUCUUCCCUGGUUUGAGUGAAAGAGGAGGUUGAGGGUGGAGCUAGUUUAAAAGCAGAAGUCAAUAAAAUGGACUGAACCAUCUACUGCAAUCAUGCAGGGGGGAAUGGGGUUCUUCUUAAAUGUUGGUUAGCUGUUAUCGCUGUGGUUUUCACCUUUUGUUUACACAAUGGUUUAUUCACUUGCUAUAUAACUGGAGCUGUUUCUCAUUUGGGAUGGUCAGAUUGUUAAGUUAUGUUUUGUUAAGUGGCUUUUGAAUAGGACUUUGUUAAGUUAACCUCUUUUAAGGGCCCAUUUGGUUGUUAAAAUAGGUUGUUUUUGUCCUUUUAACUUUUUAUAAUAAUUUCGUCCUUUUUGGGGUAUAAUAAAUACAUAAUAUAAUAAUGUAGAAUAAUAUAAUAUAAUAUAACAACCCCCCCUCCCCACCGCCCCUUAAUUUUUUUUUAAAGUUACAUCUGUGUGUUCUUGGCUGCUUGGUCCUCAAUAGUGCUGUCCACCUUUGAAACAAUGAUUCAUGUUUAACUCCAUAUAUGAAAUGUUUCUGAUAUUUGAAUUCUGUUUGAUUAAAUACUUUCUUCAUGACACAAA